CGCUCAAGCGUUGCGCAGCACCAGCUUUGCAGUGCUUGCUUGGCAGUGGUGCGCAAUCGCGCGCUAUUGCGCGAUCUGACACAACGCUAUAGCACUCGACGCACGAAUGCAAGCACAAGUCCGCUCGAGCGAUGCGACCACGCACGCGUCAGGCUUCGAGGCUGCACAGCUCCUGUGAGGCUGCUCUGCGAGCUGGUGUGAGCCGUGGCGCGAACCACUACACACAAGAAACGCACAGCUGCAGCGCACCAACUUAAUAACACACUGCGACGUCGCUGCGCCGGUCGAUCCGAAGCAAGCAUCUCUCUGCAGCAGCCAAUGGACAGCGACGACCAGACCGUGCACACGGUGCCACCCAUAGGCGUGCACAUUUCCAAUGAUGAAACCGAGCUCUCGGUCGCGCUCAUCGGCUGCGGCUGGUACGCGCUGCGCACGCACUGCGUUACGUUAAGCAAGGCGAAGACGACAAUCGCGGCCGUGUGUGCUCGCACGGAGGCGUCGCGACAGAAAGCUCUCGCCAAGCUCGGCACGAGCGCCAAGGAGUUCGCCGACGUCGCGUUCGCCAUAAAUGCCGCGUCGUGCGCGCUCGUCGCCUUGCCGGCCGCCGUCGCGGGCCGGGCGUGUCUGACAUCCAUACAACACGGCAAAGAUUUGAUAAGCGAGAAGCCCGCGGCCUGGUCGCCGCAGGAAGCGGAAGAUCUCAGGGAGGCGUGGAACGACCGGCCGCGCGACGACCAGAGGUGGCGCGUCCUCGAGAACUGGGCUUUGAAACCUGGUGUUUUGAAAGUCGGCGAGUUAUUGGAUGCGGGGCAUGGUUCCGAGAAGUACGAGUGGCGCUGCAAGAGGCGACGAGCGGCCAAGGGCGACUGGCGGCGGGAGGACAAGGCCGCGGAGUUGUUGGAUGUGCUCGUGCAUCUGGUGCGGGCGCUGCGGUGCUGGUUCGGCGACUGUACGGUGACGAGCGCUUCUCUAAGAUCGUACGAGUUUGAUAAAGUGAGGGAGGUCGAGUGCUCCCUGAAACAUGAAAACGCGGGCGGUUUCGUCGUGCUGGAGUUGUUUGAUGGUGAUGGUGGAGAGGAAUCGGUGUUCAAGUGUGGGGAUAUCACGUGGGACGCUCAUAAGGUAAAUGGCGAAAAAGUGGACGGAGACGGCUGGGUGGCCGGCGGCGCGCGCUCUACACUAAUGGAGGCCCUGAAGAGUUGCGAGGGCGACGCGCGGGCGGACCCCUGCACGUCCUGGGAGGAGGGCAUGCGGGACUGCGCCGUGUGUUUCGCGGCGCUCGGGAUGGGCGACAUCCAUCCGGGAUCGUUCUACGAAAUGCCUGUUGUGAUAGGUACGGUACCACGAAGUCCAGAAGGCUGUGUUCUAUCUCUGAAGGCCCAUCCUUCAUUAAUUGUCGUGGGGGGCGGCGCGAACCUGCGCCAGAGGACAGGGGAGUUCCUCGAGACGCGGCUCAUGGCUCGAGUCUUGAAGGUCGAGGGUAAUAUUGUGCAGGUGGAGGCGGGCUGUACGCUGCGACGGCUGCGCCAGGCACUAAUGGCGCGCAAGUUGACGCUCGCGUCGUGGCCCUACUAUCUAGACUCGACGGUGGGCGCCGCGGUCGCAACAAAGAGCCACGGGUCCUCUGUCAAGUAUGGUACGGUGGCGGAUUUUGUUGUAGCGUGCCGCGUCGCUACUUCUACUGAAGAUGUCUGGUACGACGGUGAGUCCUUCGACAUCACUGCUGUGAAAGGAGUGUUUACGGUCGUGUCGCUGCGGUGCGUGCCUCUUUUUCGAGUGAAGCGGUCCGUCUCUACUACCGACAGUUUAGAUGCGGCCUGGCUCCGUACGAUACGAGAGCACGACCACGCCUGGGUCUGGUGGGACGCAGCGACGGGCCGCGUGGCGGCGAUGGCGCUCGAUGCGGAUGCUGAUGGCGAAAUUUAUGACGGGCGCAACUGGAGCCCCUACGCGCCCGAGGUGACGCGGUUAUUAGGCCCGCCCGUCGCCGGCGAGGACUGCUACACGGCGCAGUACGCGGUCCCCGACGCGGCCGCCGAUGCUGCCGUUACUGCUAUAAAAAGCGUCGCGGGCGCCGGCGUCGUCGAGGUCAAGUUCCUGCCGCCGUCGGCCAUGCUCCCCGGCGCCGCGGCCGUGUGCUUCAACGUCUACGUGGCCGCGCCGGCGCCGGCCUGGGUUUUGGGCGUCGAGCGGGCGCUCGCGGCUUUGGGCGGGGUGGCGCACCCGGGGAAGUGUUGUGCCACGGACGUUUAGUGUAAGUAUAUGUG